GGAAGGCAAGAAUGAGAGGCGGUUAUAACCAGACACAACUGCAAAAUAAAAAAACUAUCUCACUGAUUGUGAGAGUGGAGAACUACCGCGAGUAAACAUGGCCAAUAUCACGAAGAAAGUGUCGUGGUCGAGCCGGGGUGACGGGUCCGGUGGCGGCGAGAGAAGCCCACUUCUCAACGGCUCCGAAGAAGUCCGGUACACCAGACAGUCGUCCGGGGACGGUGGGAUGUUUAACAUCGGCAGACUGAGCACGGUGGAUCUGGAGGAGGAUCUGACGUCAGACGAGGACUCAGUGAGGGGCUGUCCCAAGGAGAUCCCUCACAACGAGAAGCUGCUGUCACUCAAAUAUGAGAGUCUGGACUAUGACAACAGUGAGAAUCAGCUGUUUCUGGAGGAGGAGAGACGGAUGAGCUUCUUGUAAGGGUUCAAGUGUUUGGAGAUCAGUCGUUGGGUGAUCUGUGGUCUGAUUGGCUUCCUGACUGGACUCAUAGCCUGUUGCAUAGAUAUCGCCGUGGAGAACCUGGCUGGGGUCAAGUACUACGUUGUCAAACAGAGUAUCCUUCCGCUCACUGACCCACAUCACAGAACGGCCCUGGGGUGGUUUGAACCACUGUCAGCAGGAAGUGGGAUACCCCAGAUUAAGUGUUAUCUGAACGGAGUGAAGAUCCCCCGGGUGGUGAGACUCAAGACCCUGGUGGUGAAGGUGUGUGGUGUGAUCUGCUCUGUCGCCGGGGGACUCGCUGUCGGAAAGGAAGGUCCCAUGAUCCACUCUGGUGCCGUGGUGGCAGCAGGAGUCUCCCAGGGACGCAGUACCUCCCUGAAGAAAGACUUCAAGAUCUUUGAGUAUUUCCGUAGAGACACAGAGAAGAGGGACUUUGUGUCAGCUGGAGCGGCUGCAGGAGUGUCUGCUGCUUUUGGAGCACCAGUCGGUGGCGUUUUAUUCAGUUUGGAGGAGGGGGCUUCUUUCUGGAACCAGAUGCUCACAUGGAGGAUAUUCUUUGCGUCCAUGAUCUCAACAUUCACCCUGAAUUUCUUCCUGUCCAUCUACAAUAAUAAACCUGGAGAUCUCUCCAGCCCUGGUCUUAUCAACUUCGGACGCUUCGAGAGUGACAGUGUGGCCUACAACCUCUAUGAGAUUCCCUUGUUCAUUGUAAUGGGAGCUGCAGGUAAGAGCCCACUGCUCGAGGCCCAGUUCAAUAUCCUCAACUACUGGCUGACUAUAUUCAGGAUCAGGUACGUCCACCGGCCCUGUCUCCAGGUGAUGGAGGCCAUGCUAGUUGCCGCGGUAACGGCGACGGUGUCGUUCGCCAUGAUCUAUUUCUCUAAUGACUGUCAGCCUCUCGGACCUGACCAGUCAGAGGACUACCCUCUACAGUUGUUCUGUGCUGAUGGAGAGUAUAACUCCAUGGCAACGGCCUUCUUCAACACACCCGAGAGGAGCGUCCGCAGUCUCUUCCACAACCCACCAGGUUCCUACAACCCUCUGACUCUAAGUCUGUUCACGGUGACCUAUUUCUUCCUGGCCUGUUGGACCUAUGGCCUGACUGUCUCAGCUGGAGUCUUCAUCCCGUCUCUGCUCAUAGGAGCAGCCUGGGGAAGACUGUUUGGGAUACUGCUGGCUGCUAUCACGCCUAACGGAUCGGUUUGGGCCGUUCCAGGGAAGUAUGCUUUAAUGGGAGCUGCAGCACAACUGGGGGGCAUCGUGAGGAUGACUCUCAGUUUAACAGUCAUCAUGGUGGAAGCAACAGGAAACGUGACGUACGGUCUCCCCAUCAUGUUGGUGCUGCUGACGGCCAAGGUAGUAGGGGACUACUUUGUGGAGGGUCUGUAUGACAUCCACAUCAAGCUGCAGAGUGUUCCCUUCCUGCACUUGGAGGCCCCUGCCACCUCCCACUGGUUAACAGCUAGGGAGGUGAUGGGUGCCCCAGUCACCUGUUUUAACCGUAUAGAAAAGGUUGGCACCAUCGUGGACGUCCUUAGCAACACCUCCACCAAUCACAACGGCUUCCCUGUCGUCGUGCCGGUCGCCGCUAGCGACGAUCUGGGGAAGAUCUGUGGACUCAUCCUUCGUUCUCAGCUCAUUGUUCUGCUCAAACACAAGGUGUUUGUAGAGCUGGCUCGGUCCAGGUUGACCCAGAGGAAGCUACAGCUGAAGGACUUUAGGGAUGCCUACCCCCGCUUCCCCCCCAUCCAGAGUAUCCACGUCUCCCAGGAUGAGAGGGAGUGCAUGAUGGACCUGACAGAGUUCAUGAACCCUACACCCUACACCGUACCACAGGAGACGUCUCUUCCUCGUGUGUUUAAGUUGUUCAGAGCUCUGGGUCUCAGGCACCUGGUGGUAGUGGACAGCGAGAACAGGGUCGUAGGUCUGGUGACCAGGAAGGACUUGGCUCGCUACCACCUGGGGAAACACGGACUGGAGGAGAUGCAACUGGCUCAGACAUGAAACACAUCCUACUAUUAUUAUUACCACACACACACACACGACCGAGAGACUACACUGGUCACCUGUUGCCUAGUUACCUGUGAGACCCCCCAAUCUAUGCAUUCUGAUUAUCCCGGGGUUAGAGGUCAGGGGUCCUUGUCAAUCACCGAUGCCAAAACAGUCCGUUUGACUUUCAACAUAACAGCAUAACAACUACAGCCUCUCUCUCUCUCUCUCUCUCUCUCUCUCUCUCUCUCUCUCUCUCUCUCUCUCUCUCUCUCUCUCUCUCUCUCUCUCUCUCUCUCUCUCUCUCUCGCCCUCUCUCUCUCUCUCUCUCUCUCUCUCUCGCCCUCUCUCUCUCUCUCUCGCCCUCUCUCUCUCUCUCGCCCU